GAAAUAUGCCCUUGGAAUAAUUACACUCUUUCCCUCAUUGAAGGAUCCAUUUUCUCCAAACGGCUAUGAGCAUUUCUACGACGGAGUGAAAGGCACUGGAUAUAUAGCGUGGCGCCUCAAAACCAUGUCCAGGUCUACAACCAAACGGCCAGUGAAGGAAGUCCCAGUGCAUCAAGAACAAGGGCCUAAGCGCAGAAGAUUAGCAACCACAUUGCCUCAGCAACUUGAUGGAGAUGCCUGCAAGGAGGCCAUCUCAUUUCUUGUUCACUCUCCUGAUGAAGCAAGUGUAUUUCAGAAGAUGAAAAUGACGUUCCAACAUCGCCAGGAUCUGGUGCAUGAUCCACAAAGAACUGCAGGUGUCUUCAAAACAUUUCCACGCUUUUUGGAUGUCAAAGGACUAGUCAAUCAAGACUUCCUGCUGCUGUUUGGUGCUGAAACAGCCACCAAGUUGCUUGAGAAGUGGGACAUGUCAUUCAAGCCAAAGGUUAUUAAAGAAGCCAAACAGCUGACUCAGUCAACUGACCUGUGUCGUUUGAUAAAAGCUGCUGAGAAACCAACAGAGAGUGAUGCAAAUGACUGGGACAGUGACAUGGCCUCUCUGCUGCUACUCCUUCAACUUUUGCCACCCACAGCUGGACGAAAGAGGAGAACCAAAAUAAGUCCAACUGAUGCAGCACACAAAAUGGUGCACUUUCACAAGUCAUGCUGCAGCAUUGAUGAACACUUGCAAGCAAGAGAUGGUAAACAACCAUACAUCCUCGCUGUUGGUCGAACCCAGAACAGCAUUGACACCUUCUACAUCGCAGUGGACAAACAGCUCAUCCCCUGCCAAGCCACCAGCUCACUCAGUGCUUUUGAUGAACUUUUCAAAUCCCACUACGUGUUCAACUUAUCUUCUGACGAGUCACUGGUUCAUCUCUACAGUUUUGUGCAGACCACCAUAUUCAACAUUGAUGCCACCUCAACAGAUGAGUCACCACGUGUUCGUGAGUUGCGUGCCAAAAUGUUGAAUGAGAACCAUGUUUAAAUGUUUUAUCUGUCAAACUCUGCAUAGCACCAGUCAGGCUUUGAUAAGUCAUUUGCGACUAGGUCACAGUUUUUAUCCAAGCACCAAAUUUAAGUUGGCUUGUUCACAAGAUGGUUGCAGCCGUCAGUUCACUACAUAUUCUGGUUUAAAAAAACAUUUAAAUAGUGUUCAUGAUGAAGAUUGUUGUCAAAGUGGUGAUGCAGAACCCUCAGAGUCAUUUCAAGCUGAUUUUGACAGAUUACAAGAUACAGACAUAGCAGUUGCAGGAACAAGUGUUACUCAGAGCCUAGAGGUUGGGUGUUCUGAAAACAAUGGGUCAGGUCAAAGAAUUAAAAAAAAUUCUGAAGCAAUUUGCACUAAAAUUAUUGGUAAACUCAAUGGUAGUGGUUUGGCAAAUAGUUUUGUGUCAUCACUUGUUUGUGAUUUGGAAGAUUUUGCUGAUGGACUGCACUGUGAGUUUAAACAUAAAGUACUGAACGUUGUGCCAACAGAAAAUCCUGUUAGAUCUCCAGUGGAAAAAUGUCUUGAGACUUUUGACAAUCCAGUUGAGAAGUUCGACACUGAAGCUAAAAGAAAGUCAUAUUUCCGUGAAAAAUGGGGAAUUGUGGAUCCAGUGGAAAAGACUUUAGGAAUACGCUAUGAUACAAGGUUAAAUAAAAAAUCAGGCACUUAU